CUUGAAUCUUGCCGUCACCUGCAUUGAAAAGGUAACUGAGGGGAAAGAAGUAUCGACAAUGUUUAGCUUUCAUAAACCGAAGGUAUACAGGUCUUCCACGGGCUGUUGCAUUUGCAGAGCAAAAUCUAGCAGUUCACGGUUUACAGACAGCAAAAAAUAUGAAGAUGAUUUUAUGGACUGCUUCCAACUCCAUGAGCGUCGCUCAGGAGAGAUAUGCAAUGCAUGUGUGUUAUUGGUUAAGAGAUGGAAGAAAUUACCACCUGGCAGUGAAAGGAACUGGAGACAUGUUGUAGAUGCCAGAGCUGGACCCGGUACAAAAUCGCUUACAAAAUUCAAAUCAAAAAAUAAAAAGAAACUGAAACAAAAAGGAGAUACAUCUCAAAAAUUGGAAAAACUCAUUAAGAAGAAGCAUAUCUACUUAAAGAAUGAUCGUUCGGCUCGUGAACAAAGUCCAGGAAGUUUGAGUGAUGAUGCCACAGGUGACGAUUUCAUAACAGAUCUCAGCACACUCAGUAGAGCUCAAAGUCUGGCACCAAGCCCAACUCCAAGUGAAGAGAUUGUGACAACAACUAAGCAUCGCAACAAGGCUCAUUCUCCCCACCGACGUGAGAAGGCUGCCAAACGUCGAUCGGCACUUUCACCAACUAUCAGCAGUUUCCUUGACAUGACAUUUUGGAAAAGGGAGAAAGUAUGCUGUGGCACAAUUUUCAAAGGGCCUUAUGGUGAAGUCAUUGUUGAUCCUCGAUUUCUGAAGCCGUGCCAUGGCUGCAAACCAAAGCAGCGUGCAGAAGUACAAUCAGUAGCAGGAAAAGAACCUGGGUCUUCUGGUGCCCCAGAAUGCAGUAAGAACACUGGUGGUCCCAAUAAGCUCACCAAAUCCUACAGUGAUUCUUCAUCAGAUUCAGGGUAUGAUGAGUCAUCAAACCAGGGACCUGAAGCAGUGCGGUCCCGUAGAACUGCUUCCCGUGAAGAUGCUGGAGUUCCAAGCAAUCCUCUGGCGGAGUUUGCCAUUCACGCUGCAAGCCGCUGUCAACAGAAUGUGGCGAGCUCAGCUAAUUAACGAAAAUUUUGUUUAUAGUUUAAACUUAAUUUAUUGAAAUAUUGAUGUUGUAUGUACUUGUCUAAGGGUGAAACUGUCGUUCCACAUGCCAUUUUGCAUUGGGUCCAAAAUGAAAACCACAAUCUCAAACUUCCACAUGAGAAAGUUAGGUAUAAUUUCUGUGACUUGAAUACAAACGGCCACAUUAUUUUAAGCUACUAAGAGCAAUAACAGCCUUGACCGAUUACCUGUCCAUAAAUUCACAGCAUAUCAUUAAUUACCCUCUAUGUAAGAGGAAAUAAAAUGUGUCUUCAUAAGAAUACUGCCAUCAUCUACUAUCUGUACUUUGGUAAAAUUUUACAGGAAGAAAAUUGACUUUUUUAUAACCAGUUCAUAAAUGGAAAAAAUUAAAAUGUUGAUACCAUGACAAUGUUAUAUGACAAAUAUUUGAUCUUUAGCUUUGCAUCAUUGUCCUCAAAGAGGAAAGUGAAACUUUCGGUGUAAAUUUGCUGUUUCAGUAUAUCGGUGAGGAAAAGUUUGUUUGCAGUGUAAUUUUUAUGAGUGAAAUGGCAUUUGACAUGAAGCAGAAUUUUAUAUGAGAAAAUUGUAUUUAAACUUGACAUUUUAUGCAUUUAAAUUUUAUAGGUGUGCAGUGUCCCUUUUAAUGUAGCUUCUGUUGUUUAAAACUGGUUUUAGUUAACUACACUAUGGCAGCAGAAAGUUUCCUUUCUAUAAUAGUGUUCAAUACUCAACAAUUUUUUUACUGACAAUCCAACAUCUAGUCUGAAGAGCACUUAUCUUUUUUUAUAUAAAUGUCAUUUUAUUGUUGUGUAAUAAAAUAUAAUUCCUAUAUGUUCAGAUUUGAGACUGAAGUGUUUCAAUGUUUGGUGUCUGGGAAUGAAAUUUUUGAAUCUCUUAAUCACUGAUUCUUUGAUUUUUUUCUGAAACUGAAUGUUUUUCUCUGUUAUCUGUUGUGUGCGUGUAUGUGUGUGUACACGAGUGCGCGUGACUGUAUGUAAUUGGCUCUUUGUUUUCGCUCUUUGAUUAUUCAGUUAUUUAUAUUUGACAUUUUUUAAUAAUUUAGAGACUGAUGACAAAUGAAGGUUAAUGAACUAGUAAUCAAACUGUUGGUUACUGCUGAACUACUGCCAUAGGUUAUAAAUGUGAGAGUCUUGAGAACUCUUCCAAUAUUUUUUCAUGUUGUGAUCUCAUCUUAUUAAAUAUGGAUAGUAUUCAGAAUCUUAAUUUACUUGUCCCACAUUUUGAGGUGCAAAGAAUUGUGGUGUUUGCACAACAUUGAUACCAGAAUGUGCAAAUAAUUAUAAAAGUGAUUUAUUAAGUAUUAUUAAAAUGUUUGGAACAGGUUGCCUGUGUUCCAGCCAGCAGAGUAUUAGUAGCUAUUGACUAUUAAAUACUUUAGACUUUAUUUUUGUUUUUUCUCCACAUUUUAUGUUCAAUAAAUUGUAUUCAGCAUAUAAUUAUGCUCAUUGUUGAAUGCAGUGCUAUUAUUCUUUAAAAAGUUAUGUAUGCAUAUAUUCUCUGAUCUUUAUAUUUCAGUAAUGACUUAAUGUGUGAAAGUGCAAUUCAAAAUCUAUGGUGCCACAUGCUGUUGAUUUGUGUGUAUUUCUACCAAGAAAUCUGUGCAUUACCUUCACCUGUUUAAGGAAUUAAUCAGGAAUAUCUUACUGUUACAAACAGAAAUACUCAUAAAUCACCAGUUACCUUGCAGGCUGAUGUAGAUUGUUCUAUGAAUAUUUAGUAAAAAGCAGUCUUAUGUUAAAUGAGGUUAAUAUUUUUUGUGUAUUAGUAGUAUGGAUUGUAAUGUGUAAAUAUGUGUUGAAAGAGUAAUGUGUGCAUUUGUUUGUAACCUAUAUUGUGAAACAUUGUUCAAGAUUUUCAAAUUAUAUGAGGUGAGUUUAAAGUUUACACCUCAGCUCAUUUUAAUGAGUAAAUGUAAGAAGAAAAAUAAAAUUCUGAAUGUUGUGAUGGCUAUUAGUGACUUUUUGACAAACCAUAGGUUGAUUUAUGCACACUGAUCUCAGGGUUGCAUGUAAAAUGUGUUAAACAGUUUGUUUUUUACAGUUUGCAAAAAGCAAGUUUUUGACUAUGCCAAUUUUUGCAUGUAUAUUGGAGAUAGAAGUUGUAAUAAAAUUAGGAAACCAAUUUUUGUGUACAAACUGAACUUUAAUGUGUAGUGUAAAUUGAAUCCCUUGCCAAAUACUGGAUGACUUUAUAUCAUGUAGAUUGCUAACACUAUUCAUUAUAUUAAAUCUUGAAUUGGAUUUAUCAAUAGUUUAAACAAAUUUGUGUGUUGAUAUAAAUAUACUGUUCUGUAUAUUACAAAUGAAAAAGCAUUUAAAAUAGAGCUAAAUUUAAACAAAGUGAGUUAUUGAUUUCAUGUAGUUAUAUUUGUGAUCAGUUCCCAUUGUUUCAUUAAUCACCUACCAGAAAAAUCUUGUUUUGCUACUAAUGCUUAUAUUUUUUAUCAUACACAUCUCCUGCAUUCACACUGUGAGUGUGUGGUCCAUAACAAAAAUUCUGAUUUAGAAUACAUCAGUGUCAUAACCACUGAAGAAGCUAUGCAUUAUGACCUUUGAAAGUGCUGAGUAUCUCGUAUCUUAAACAGGAAUUAAUGAUCAUUUUGGUAAGUUACUAUAAUAUACAACAAAUGUAUUUUGCUCCAUUUUUGGCAGCCAGACAAAUGAUUUAGUAACCCAGAUUCAUAAUUUUUGUGCUGAAUUAAAUUAAAAUUGUCAUGUUCUUGCCAUAUAUACAUAAAAAUACUGCAGAUGAUAGGUCAUUAAUUACUGCAAGGAUGCAAUUACCUACUUCAUGAUUGGAUAUGGAGAUUGUGCAAUUAAAAAAUUGCCAGCAACUGCCUUUAAAUUGUGUUUUUAUUCAAUUUUGUUUUUGAUAUUUUUCUGUAGAUAUAUCUGUUGUUUCAUGAAACACACAAUUUGCUUUUAAGAAGUUCCACAUGUGUGUGCUAAUAUAUACUGUGGAUAUAUUUUGAGUGGAUACUGAGUAGUCAUUUUGAUUUUGCAAUGAAAAUAUUAUUUUGUAAAGCCUUAAAUUUUUUAUCAUGAUAAAUAUUCUCAUGUAAAUAGUUAUAUUUCACAGUGCUAAUUGAAGCAUCUGUGAAAGUGAACAAUCAUUAUUUUCAAAUUGGCAGUUUUAAGACUUUUGUUUUCAGUUCUUACUUACAUCUUUCGCAUAUCUAAUUAGUGUUUUGGUUAAUAGUAGCACAAAAUAAAAUGAUUGUUUUACACAUCUAGUACAUAUUUGCAGUUUCAACUUAACAGAAAACUGUUCUAAGUUUGCAGUAAAAUUUUUUCUCAGUGUUUAAAUGUAUAAUCAGUGCAAGAGUAGAUAUUUACAAAGCUGCACAGCUAGUCAAAAAUUUACCUUCUGUCAUCAAUCUACUCCUGCAGUACAAGUUAGCAUUUCUUUUCCACAGUUUCUAUUUCCAGGGUCAACUAAAUGAUUAAAAUUUUUGUUCAACUACACAUUGUUAUUAUAUAACAAAAUCAAUUCAUAAGACAUAAAAUGAACAUUACAAUUUUAUAGGAAUGUGAUGAAUGCUGGAGUUGCUAGUUCUCUUGACAUUCAUAUGUAACCUCUCUUCAGUUAUUUCUUAUCUGAUCUAACUAGUAAAUGGUUGUUCAUAGAAUUAGGGGCUACACACAUUUGUACCUGACCAUCAAGAAAUCUGCAUGUAUAAUACUUUAUCCAGAAUCUAUGCACCCAGUCUUGGUAAUUGGAAGUGGGCAAACUUUGUUCUUGAAAGCACUUCUCUUGUUCACCAUAUAAAAAUUGUUUUCUUCAAUUAAUUGAAACUUGAUUGAGGUAUUACCGAUUACAACUAGUGGAAUCAGUCCAAAGAACCAGAAAUACGGAAAGUACAGCUUAACACUGCCUUUAAGAUUUGACUGUGUGUUGGAUGCUUUCCAUUUUCCGAGAAAUUGCUGUGACUGGCUUUUGUACUUCCAGGUUCUAUAUAACCUUGCCUUCAUAAACAUCUAAUCAAAUCAUCACUUGUAUUUUAUGACAAUAGCAGCAACAGAACUGCUCGAACUUUAAAACUAAUUUUGAAACCUUGAGUAAAUUGAUAUUUAUGAGAUUUUUUCCUUCAAGGUUGUUUCAGCCAUUGUUAAUUAAUGCUUAGCACAAAUUUCUAAUGUUUAGCAGGGUAAAAACAAUCUUGAAAAUACCUUUCUGUGAAAAUACAAAAAUGCAGUGCAUGUUCAGAGUUUAAUGCUUUUGUUUAAGGUAUCACAUUACUAAAUUCACUUUUAGGAAAACAACUUUGUAAUGUGAAAAUGCAUGUAUUUUAAUUUUGGUGAUUUUUGACCACUUUAAAAAUUCAGCCAAUUAAUGAUUUUAGACUGCAGGUUAAUGCUGCACUUUAAUUUCUUUGUGUUGCUUGUACAAGGACAUCAGUACAUGGGUACUUUUUCUUAUUUUUAUUUCACUUGGCUCACAUACUCAUACACAAAAUUGGUGCUGUGAAUAACUUUUUAAUUAUUAAUAUAUUCGAUAAACAAGAAACAGCUGUAUUCCGUGAGAGGCCCAACAUUUAUUUCUGGAGUAGGGUGCAGUGGGCUGUUACUCUGGGUAAACCUUCUAAGAAUUUUUGUCAUUAUGGUCUUGUAGAUAGUAUCUCUAUUUCUUCUGUACAUGUUGUACUUCAGUAUUAGAAAUUCAUCAGUACUGUAAAGUCUCCUUAGUUCAGUGUGUCCCUCCAACAAUACGCAGAUAAAAAUACUAAUUUAAUGUGACUGAUAAAUAUUCAUUUGUAUGGCUGUCAUGUAAGCAACUGUGUUCCAUUGGUAAAUUAAAUGCUGACAUGUUCUUGCUCACUGUUUUGUACCUCACAUUUUAUAAGUAAAUAAUGGGAAUAUAGUAUGUAUAUAGUAAUUUAAGAAAAAUAUCCGAUCAAUUGCAGAUCAGAAAGAGUGAAAUUCUAAUGUGUUCCAAUGGAAUAUUCAUAACAACCUAAGCAAACUUAAUUUUAAAUAAAAAAUAGUAUUCUUCAGUGGGUAUUGAUACUGGAAAACUGAGUUAAAUUGUGAUUGUUUGCUUUACAUAUAACUUAUAACUUAAUUUGUGAGUGAGGGAAUUACUUGAUAUUCUUCCAUAAUUUCUGUAAUCCACAUCUCCUAAAACUUUUAGUGAGUGUUAUGUUGCUCCCUGAACCUCCCUCACUCUUUGGCCAACAAUACGUGCUCUGCUGAUUCUUUGUUCUUGGUCAUUGUCUGAAGACAGGUUCCCUUCCCCCCCCUCUCUCUCCCACCCCUCUCUCCCUCCCCCCCCUCUCUCUCUCUCCCCUCCCCCCUCUCUGUCUCACUCUGACUGAAAUACUGUGCUGUCAUUCAUAUUUUUUUAACUUAAGUAAAAAUUAAAAGGCUGUUCACUUACAGUGUGAUCUAAAGUGUUUACAGUUAUGAACUCUUAAUUAUUCACACAUGUCAUGAACAAGCUGUUAACAUUCAUUUAUGAAGAUGUUUUCUCUACUCACAUGCCACGAUUUAGUCAAAUGUAGUGCUCAUUCUCUUCCUACAUGAUACAGGCACAACCAUAGGUAUUCACAUUUGGUACAAAUUGGAAAGUCUGCUGAUGAAAUAUUUUUCAUCGUUCUUAUUUUUAACAGCAUCAUCCAUACAGCUGGUUUAUAACAGCAGGAUUUUGGAGCCAGCAGUUACAUAAUCAAAACAAAAUCAGUAUUAUGUGUGUGUCUGAGAAACUGCCUUUUGUAGUUGCUGUACUUUGGUCUUAGAUUUCAUAUCUUGAAAGUGUCUGUGUAGAGUAAUGUAGUAACUCAGUAUUUUUUUUUUUCUGUGCUCAUAAUGCUAAAGAUUUUUGUGAUAAUUUAAUGAUUUUCAAGACCAAUAUUGGAAUGAAAUACAUGUAAAACUGAAAGACUAAAUGGGUAACAGUGUUUUGAAAUUUUGUACAUCUUCUAGUAUAUUUGCCCAUGAUUUUAUGUGAAAGUGUGUACACUGGUGAUUCUGUGAAUGUUUUAUUGUCCAAACACUGUGUAACUGAUGCAAU